AUGGCUGCCGGGGCACACAUGGUGACCUCAGUGCACGGCAAUCUUACCCCCUGUGGCACUCCAGCCGUCACCGGAGGACCUGAGCGCAUGGCACGUCUCCAGCUCCAUCACCUCCUGCUCGCAUCUGGUGACUAUGGUCAACCAGGCCUGGCCUCCGCCAAAACAAGAGCUGAGUGUCUGGAAACAAGUUCUGCCCUGAUCUUUGUGAACAAAACGAUGUGGAUUUUGAUUCUCCUCAUUUGUUCUUUGCCCGUUUCAGGUGCAUUGUGGGCAAAAGAGAGGGUAACAGGAGUUGUGGGAAGAGCGAUCACAAUAGAAUGUCACUAUGAUGCACGGAGCUACAAGUCACAUAUAAAAUAUUGGUGUCAGGGCUGGACUCGCGAGUGUAAUGUUGUAGCAUCGACAAAUCAGCGAAAUGGAGGAAUAUCGGUCACAGAUAACAAGGCAACAGGAAUAUUUAUUGUUACUAUGGAGGAUCUUCACUCAGGAGAUACAGGAUGGUACAGCUGUGGUAUUGAUAAACCUGGCCUCGAUUCAAUGUUUGCUGUGUGGAUACAAAUAUCUAACGAACCAGUGUCUGUUCCUGUGUUUAGAUUUUCAUCACCACCAAAUGUCUCAUGUUCUGGGGGCUCAGUGUCUGUCUCCUGUGAGUCUGUCCAAGGAUCGCUUUCCAUUCAAUACACAUGGUAUGAAAAGAUCCUGUCUGAAGAUUCAAAGAUCUCUGACACCAAUAAACUGGAUCUACAUUGUCAAUCCUUCAAACAGCAACAUCAUCAAUAUUACUGCACAGCCUCGAAUAAUCAGGGAGAAAAACCCAGUAAAAUGAUUAAUGUGUUGGUGUUCAAUGUAAAAGAAAGGACCUGCAGUUAUAUGAUCCAAAUCAGCAGCAUUGUUUCAGGUGCAUUGUGGGCAAAAGAGAGAGUAACAGGAGUUGUGGGAAGAGCGAUCACAAUAGAAUGUCACUAUGAUGCAACGGACCAGCCAAACAGGAAAUAUUGGUGUCACAACUGGAAUCGCCAGUGUUAUGUUUUUGUAAUGACAAGCUGGCAAAAUCCAAGAAUGUUGAUCACAGAUAACAAGUCACAAGGAAUAUUUGUUGUUACUAUGAAGGAACUUCACUCAGAAAAUGCCGGAUCGUACAGCUGCGGUAUUCAACAGCCUGGCAAUGAUCUCGUGUUUGCCGUAGAGCUACAAGUAUCUUAUGGUGCAUUUCUCAGCGAUUUUCUUUAUUAUUCUCAACUGAAAUGUCUGAUCAAUGUUUUAUCUGGGAGGAAACAUGACAGCUCCGAUAUCCCGAGGCUCCUCAGCAAUGCAGAGUCUUGCAGUUUUAUGGCAGAGUCAGCAACAGCCUCAGAGAAGGCAGCAACUGAGGAGGACACGGCAAUAGGUGAAGUGGUGGCACAGAAAUGGAGGUGGAGGCUGCAGGGCACUUCAGUGGAGUCCGACACCAGUCCAGUGCCACCCAGCUCUCAUUCCCGAGGACAGGUGUUGGAACCUGCCCAGUGCCAGGAUGAGCUGCUUGGUAAGAUCGGGAGGUGGGAAGUAGAGAAGGCAGCCGACCAGGAAAAGAAUGGAAGGCGCGUUCUAACCAAACCCAACAGGUUGAUUAUCAACAUGAACAUCUUCCAACAGACCUGCUCCUCAGUUUCAGGUGCAUUGUGGGCAAAAGAGAGAGUAACAGGAGUUGUAGGAAGAGCGAUCACAAUAGAAUGUCACUAUGAUGCACGGAGCUACAAGUCACAUAUAAAAUAUUGGUGUCAUGGCUGGACUCGCCAGUGUAAUGUUGUAGCAUCGACAAAUUGGCGAAAUGGAAGAAUAUCGGUCACAGAUAACAAGACACAAGGAAUAUUUAAUGUUACUAUGGAGGAUCUUCGCUCAGGAGAUACAGGAUGGUACAGCUGUGGUAUUGAAGUAACUGGCCACGAUCCAAUGUUUGUUGUGUGGCUACAAAUAUCUUACGAACCCGUGUCUGUUCCUGUGCUUAGAUUUUCAACACCAGCAAACGUCUCAUGUUCUGGGGGUUCAGUGUCCGUCUCCUGUGAGUCCGUCCAGGGAUCCCUUCCCAUUCAGUACACAUGGUAUGAAAAGACCCUGUCUGAAGAUUCAAAGAUCUCUGACACCAAUAAACUGGAUCUACAUUGUCAAUCCUUCAAACAGCAACAUCAUCAAUAUUACUGCACAGCCUCGAAUAAUCAGGGGGAAAAAUCCAGUGAAAUGGUUAACAUAUCAAAGAUCAAUGUAACAACGAAAAACUGCAGUUAUGUGAUACAAAUUGGAAAUGUUGGACCUGAGUAUUUUUGUGAAGAUUCGGCAACAGUAUCACCAACUACACAUUUGACAAGUACAGAUAUAAUUUCCACUACCAUUCGAUCCACACCUUCAGAUCCCGAAAAUCCUGAAAGUCUGAUUUACAUUGUGCUCGGAGUGCUGGGGGGCAUUCUUGUGGUGUUUGCUGUUUCUCUACUUCCGUACCUGAGGCAAAUCAACAAGGGUACAAACAGCAUUCUAAGUCAUCGGAGAGACAAGACUCUCCAUGAUAAUCAGGAAUUGGCAGCAGAGGAAGAGAGCACUGUGUAUGCAAAUGUAAACCACAAUCAAAGGAGCUCGGCAGGAACACACAGAGAGGGAACUGCCGAGUUGAAUAAUGAGGAAAUCACAUAUGCAGCAGUGCAGUUACAAAAGAAAUCGUCUACACAGAGAGGUGAAGGGACAAGUCACUCAGUUAACAACCCGGACAGUGUCAUCUACAGUGGAGUCAUGAUUCACAACCAGCCCACAAAGAAAAACCCUUAA